AUGACCAGUUUUCAAAUCCCAAACAUCAACUAUAACAGUAACAAAAAUAAUCAAGAAGAAACCACUGCCAAAGAAUUAAAGAGGUCACAGGAUUAUAAUUCAGAAGAAUUUCAAGAAAUUGAAAUACCAAUUGAUGAUUAUGAUCAUUUUACAAGUCAUAUAGAAAAGAUAGAAGGAGUCACUACACCCAACGAUAAAUCAACAAAAAAAAGCAAUAAUAUUAACAAUAACAACAUCAACAACAAUAAUGAAUAUAGUAUUGAUAUUGAUAGCAGUUAUAGUGACGAUGAAAGUGAUGUAGUAGAUUACAAAACGAUUCAACCAGGUGUCAUUAAAGCACACAAUAAAGUGGUACUAGUAAUUGUAAAUAAUAAAGAUGGUACUCUUACAUUGAAUGCCAAAUACCCAAGAGAAUUAUCACAUUGUUUUUCAUCAUCUGACUUUUUGCAAAUUAAAAGUGAAAUCAACUCUUUGAAAUCCCACACUGACUCUUUAUUCAAUAGAUUGAUUGUUGCCUUUUCUGUUGGUGGUGCCAUUUGUGUUCUGGUUUCUUUAUUAUUAUGGUACAUCAAUUCAAAUUUCAUAACAAUUGGUUCAAUCGUAUGUUUAUCAGUUGGUGUUUUAUUGUGGAUAGUUUUUGGUAUUUUUAUUGAACUAAAGCAUUAUUAUAGAAUUAAAAAUAGAAAAGAUUAUUUUAAAGAUUUAAACCGAAGAUUUGAUCAUACAGGGUUAAGAUUUAGAGCAAAAUAUGAUAAAUCAAGACAUCAAAAUCCAAUUGGGCUAAUUUUAGAAUUUCCAAAAUCACAACAAUAA